GGGCGGUGCGGUGCGGAAGCGGAAGUGGAGGGUGCGCUUGGCGGCGGCGGCGGGAGCUGCGGAGUCGGGAAUCAAAACAAAGGGCUUGGGGGGGGCGGGGGGAAGGCGGCGGGGCCGGAAUGUGAGCGGAGGUGGAGCCCGCGGCUGAGGGUGGAAGAAUGAAAGAAAAGAAAGAUGAAAGAAUGUUGAACCACUUUGUAUGGCUGUAUGAUGGAAGGAAGCGGAACUGAGGACUCCUGCAGUAGAACACCUGGAUGGCUGCAACAAAAUAAUGAUGCUAAGCCAUGGCUUUGGAAAUUCUCUAAUUGCUUUUCUCGUCCUGAGCAGACGUUGCCACUUAGUCCCCAAACGAAAGAUUACAUGGAGAACAAGAAAGUUGCUGUGGAAUUAAAGGAUGUGCCAUCUCCCCUUCAUGCUGGCUCUAAACUUUUUCCAGCAGUCCCACUUCCAGAUACCCAUUCUCUUCAGCAACCUAAAGUACAGCUUUCACCUGUCCCCAAAGUAAGCUGCUGUGCUCAUUGCCCUAAUGAACCCUCCACGUCGCCAAUGCACUUUGGUGGUGGUGGUGGUAGCGGAGGUACCGGUAGCUUGAUUCACCCCGGCGCACUGUUAGACCCGCAGAGCACCAGGACCAUCACGUGUCAGGUAGGGUCAGGGUUCGCUUUCCAGUCUGCGUCUGCACUCCAGAAUGCCUCAGCUAGGAACAGUUUGGCCGGCAUUGCAAGUGACUUUCCCAGCAUGUGUCUAGAAAGUAAUCUGCCUUCCUGCAAACACCUGCCCUGUUGUGGGAAGCUUCAUUUCCAGUCAUGUCACGGUAACGUGCACAAGCUGCAUCAGUUCCCGGCUCUCCAGGGCUGCGCCUCUGCUGGCUAUUUCCCCUGUUCUGAUUUCACAAGCGGGGCUCCAGGGCAUUUGGAAGAGCACAUUUCACAGUCGGAGCUAACGCCUCACUUGUGCACCAAUUCUUUGCACCUAAAUGUGGUACCUCCGGUUUGUUUAAAGGGCUCACUUUACUGCGAAGACUGUCUCAACAAGCCGGCAAGAAAUAGUAUAAUUGAUGCUGCUAAAGUCUGGCCAAAUAUACCACCUCCAAAUACUCAAACUGCACCUGUUACUAUUCCUCUGUGUAAUGGCUGUGGAACCAAAGGAACAGGGAAGGAGACCACGUUGUUAUUGGCGACCAGUCUAGGCAAAGCUUCUUCGAAAUUUGGGUCACCAGAAGUUGCGCUAGCCGGACAGGUGCUGGAAAACUUACCCCCCAUUGGAGUUUUUUGGGAUAUUGAAAACUGUUCAGUUCCCUCUGGCCGUUCAGCUACUGCUGUUGUACAGAGAAUCCGUGAGAAGUUUUUUAAAGGCCACAGAGAAGCAGAAUUCAUCUGUGUGUGCGACAUUAGUAAAGAAAACAAAGAAGUUAUUCAAGAGCUGAAUAACUGCCAGGUAACCGUUGCCCACAUCAAUGCUACAGCAAAGAACGCGGCUGACGAUAAGCUCCGCCAGAGUCUCCGAAGGUUCGCGAACACGCACACUGCUCCGGCCACUGUGGUUCUUGUGUCAACUGAUGUCAAUUUUGCAUUGGAACUCAGUGACCUGAGACACAGGCAUGGUUUCCACAUAAUUUUGGUCCAUAAAAACCAGGCCUCAGAAGCACUGCUGCAUCAUGCCAAUGAGCUGAUCAGAUUCGAAGAGUUCAUUUCUGACCUGCCUCCCAGGUUACCACUAAAAAUGCCACAGUGCCACACUCUGCUCUAUGUUUAUAACCUACCAGCAAAUAAAGAUGGCAAGAGCAUCAGCAACAGGCUCAGGCGCCUGUCUGAUAAUUGUGGUGGGAAAGUGCUGAGUAUCACAGGCUGCAGUGCGAUUCUCCGCUUCAUAAACCAAGAUAGUGCGGAACGGGCUCAGAAGCGAAUGGAAAAUGAAGAUGUCUUUGGUAAUAGGAUCAUUGUGUCAUUUACUCCAAAAACUAGAGAACUCUGUGAGACAAAGAGUUCCAGUGCAAUUGCCGAUAAAGCGAAGUCUCCCAAAAAACUUAAGAAUCCAAAAUUGUGCCUCAUCAAAGAUACAAGUGAACAAUCUUCCAGUGCCAAAGCCACGCCUGGAAAAGGGUCGCAGGCAAAUUCUGGAUCUACUACAAAAAACACAAAUGUUAAAAGUUUACAGGAGCUGUGCCGCAUGGAGUCGAAGACUGGGCCUAGAAACAGUGACUCCCAGCAAGGUAACCCGAGGCUGGCGGCACCUCUUCAUAGAAGCUUGAGUGCUGCGGCGCCUGCACCUAAAAACUCGGGGACAGCAGAGUCUGCUUACAAAACCAAUCCGAAAAAAGAGAACCUCUGUGCCCGAAGUGUCACCAGUUCUCCCAUAGAGAAAAAAGAUAAAGAGGAGACCCCGUUCCAAGUGAGUUACCCAUCGGCUUUUAGCAAGUUGAUCGCAUCAAGGCAAGUCAGUCCUCUGCUCACUGCACAGUCAUGGUCUUCUCGCAGGAGUAUGUCUCCAAACCUUUUAAACAGAGCGUCCCCGCUUGCUUUCAACAUUGCAAAUCCAAGCAUUGGUGCCGACAGCCCAGACCCAUUUGCAAAUGGUGCUGACAUCCAGAUCAGCAACAUCGACUACAGAUUAUCCCGGAAGGAGCUGCAGCAGCUCAUGCAGGAAGCGUUUUCUAGGCACGGCAAGGUGAAGAGUGUUGAGCUCAGCCCCCAUACAGAUUAUCAGCUCAAGGCUGUUGUUCAGAUGGAGAACUUACAAGAAGCAAUCAGUGCGGUGAAUAGCCUCCACAGAUACAAAAUUGGCAGCAAGAAGAUCCUGGUCUCACUUGCCACAGGAGCUGCUAAUAAAUCACUCUCUUUACUGAGUUCAGAAACAAUGUCUAUUCUUCAGGAUGCUCCUGCCUGCUGUCUGCCUCUUUUUAAAUUUACAGAUCUCUAUGAAAAAAAGUUUGGACACAAGUUGAAUGUGUCGGAUUUAUAUAAAUUAACAGACACGGUCGCAAUCCGUGAACAAGGGAAUGGCAGACUGGUGUGUCUCCUACCGAGCAGUCAGGCCCGGCAGAGCCCCUUGGGGUCUUCCCAGUCACAUGAUGGCUCCUCGACGAAUUGCAGCCCAAUUAUAUUUGAAGAGUUAGAAUAUCAUGAGCCUGUCUGCAGACAGCAUUGUUCCAAUAAGGACUUCAGUGAGCAUGAAUUUGAUCCAGACUCCUAUAAGAUUCCUUUUGUGAUUCUCUCGUUGAAGACAUUUGCGCCCCAGGUUCAUAGUCUUCUGCAGACUCACGAGGGCACUGUGCCUUUAUUAAGCUUUCCAGAUUGUUACGCUGCUGAGUUUGGUGAACUGGAAGUAGUGCAGGAGACUCAAGGGGGUGUUCCCUUGGAACACCUCAUCACCUGUGUUCCAGGUGUCAACAUUGCCACUGCACAGAAUGGCGUCAAAGUGGUCAAAUGGAUUCACAACAAGCCCCCGCCUCCCAACACGGACCCUUGGCUUCUGCGUUCUAAAAGUCCUGUGGGCAACCCCCAGCUGAUCCAGUUCAGCAGGGAAGUGAUUGACCUGCUGAGGAGCCAACCGUCCUGUGUCAUCCCCAUUAGUAACUUCAUCCCGUCCUACCACCACCACUUUGCAAAGCAGUGUCGGGUAUCAGACUAUGGAUAUUCCAAGCUGAUAGAAUUAUUGGAAGCCGUGCCUCAUGUAUUGCAGAUUCUCGGAAUGGGCUCCAAACGUUUGUUGACCCUUACCCACAGGGCCCAGGUGAAGCGCUUUACUCAGGAUUUACUAAAACUUCUCAAAUCCCAAGCCAGCAAACAGGUCAUUGUAAGGGAGUUCUCACAGGCUUAUCAUUGGUGUUUCUCAAAAGACUGGGAUGUCACCGAAUACGGUGUUUGUGAGUUGAUCGAUAUUGUGUCAGAGAUACCAGACACAACCAUCUGCUUGUCCCAACAAGAUAAUGAAAUGGUGAUUUGUAUCCCCAAGAGAGAGCGUACCCAGGAUGAAAUAGAAAGGACAAAGCAGUUCUCCAAGGAUGUUGUUGAUUUGCUACGGCACCAGCCACACUUCCGGAUGCCCUUUAACAAAUUUAUCCCUUCCUACCACCACCACUUUGGCCGGCAGUGCAAACUCGCAUACUACGGGUUCACCAAACUACUUGAACUUUUUGAAGCCAUACCUGAUAUUUUACAAGUAUUGGAAUGUGGAGAAGAAAAGAUCCUCACUUUGACAGAGGUGGAACGAUUCAAAGCUUUGGCUGCCCAGUUUGUCAAACUCCUUCGGUCCCAAAAAGAUAACUGCCUUAUGAUGACAGAUCUGCUUACGGAAUAUGCUAAAACUUUUGGUUACACAUUUCGUCUCCAAGACUACGAUGUCAGUUCAAUUUCGGCUUUAACACAGAAACUCUGCCAUGUGGUAAAGAUUGCUGACAUGGAGUCGGGCAAACAGAUUCAGCUGAUCAACCGCAAGUCCCUGCGCGCCCUCACUGCCCAGCUACUGGUGUUGCUGAUGUCUUGGGAAGGAGCCUCCCACCUUUCUGUGGAUGAGCUCAAGAGACAUUAUGAAACUACUCACAGUGCUCCCCUCAACCCCUGUGAAUAUGGAUUCAUGACCUUGACUGAACUUCUGAAGAGUCUGCCCUACUUAGUGGAGGUUUUCACUAAUGAUAAGACAGAGGAGUGUGUGAGGCUCACGAACCUAUAUUUAUUUGCCAAGAACGUGCGGUCUUUACUUCAUACUUACCACUACCAGCAGCUUUUUCUCCAUGAGUUUUCCAUGGCCUAUACCAAGUAUGUCGGAGAAACACUGCAACCCAAGACCUAUGGCUACAGUAGUGUGGAAGAGCUCUUGGGAGCAAUCCCUCAGGUGGUCUGGAUAAAAGGACAUGGUCAUAAGAGAAUUGUAGUGUUAAAAAAUGACAUGAAAAGUCGUUUGAGUUCACUUGGGCUUGCCCCCACCCAUCCUGAAAACCAGCCCUUGGCCACAGAGUGCUUCUCGGAGGUGCCCGAAUCUCGCACAGCCGUGGAACUUGAACUUGAAGCAGGCAGCGAUGGGCCCCACCAGAUAGAGCAGGAGCUUCUCCGCCUGACCAACGACUCCCCUGUGGACCUUCUGUGUGCACCCGUCCCUUCGUGCCUGCCGUCCCCUCAGCUGAGACCAGAUCCUGUCAUCCUCCAAUCUGCUGAUCUCAUUCAGUUUGAGGAACACCCUCAAGAGCCUUCUGAAAUUAUGAUUUUAAACCAAGAAGAGAAAAUUGAAAUUCCAGUACCAGUAAAGAACAACAGCCCAGCCUUGGACUCCAGCUUCUCUGGCAUCUCAGCAGCUGUCCCAGUGCCUCCCUGCCCCUCCUCAGAAACCUCAGAGUCACUGCCCAGCAAGGACCCCGUGGAAAGCCCAGCCAAAAAGCAACCCAAAAAUAGAGUAAAAUUGGCAGCCAAUUUUUCCUUUGCACCUAUAACCAAGCUUUGACUCGCGUUUUGAACAUAGAAUUAGGAUGGGGAAACACUGUCUGAUUCUGCACACAAAAGUGGGUUCGAAAAACACAGCCUUUUCCGUUUGAAUGCAAACCCCCUAGAAGCCAGUUCAUCUUCAGAUGUAUCCCAUAACGUUUGGUUUCUUUUACAUUGAACACAGCUUUAGAGCUGAAGUGUUUCUUUUUCUCCUCCUCUAAUUAUUUGGAAAAACAAACCAAAAAAACAACAACAACAAAAACCCCAAAAACCUCCUGGCAUCUGUUAAGGAAUCCUUAAUACAGCUUACCAAAUUUUUCUUAAUUAUUCUGAAAUGUAAUGGUGUUCCGUAAGGAGAAAGCAGUGAGACCUCAGCUAGAAGGGAGUGGUUUUACUGCCAUUAAAGCCACAUCCGUGGUAGAAUCUUACACGUAGCAUAAGGUAGCCUCUCAGCCUUUGCUUACUGGUGUUUCCAGACAGUACGAAUCAAGUGCAUGGUGUGUGAUACCGCAGAGCCUGCUCCGCGGCCCUGCGCGUUCCCAUACGGAAGCAGAAGGGCAGGUGAGGCGGGGAGAAUGUAUUUUCGGGCUGGAUAUGAAGCUUCCUGGCUUCCAUGUGACUUGUAAGCGUGCCUUGUUUGUUUUAUUGAACUAUGUCUGUAGUUGACAAAUGUGGCUUCAUCACAAAUUUUUUUAACACUGUUUCCGCUUCGGGGUGCCAUGUGGGAGCUUUCUAGAAAGUUGAGGAUGUUUUAAGCUUCCCUUUUAUGUUACGUUCCAGUGUGAUAUGGAUUAGGUUAAGGAAAAGGAGAUGGUCUUGGUGUCAUGAAUUUAAAGUCAGCAUUUGAAUUCCAGCACACAGUAUUGUGUGUCGAGCGGCAGUGUUGGGAAGAGAGUCUGAUUUUCUAAAAUAUGCAUGAAAUGCAUAAAUUACAAAUCAGAGCUGAGGGGCGAGGUGCUUUAACAGGAGUGAUAUCGAUACUCUUUCCUCUAGGAAGAGACAGAAAUUCAAUCUCUACGUGUGAAGGCCAAGGUUGAUCAUCUUAACCUUAUAUUUGUAAUUUUAAACCUGGUUUUGGUAGCUGGGAAGCUUUAUGUGUGAGUGUGUGGGUGGGGGGGGGGGCUCAGUGUCUUUUAAUAGUGUCUGCUUUUACUGUUACUUCUCGCUGUUGGAAGCAUGUUUGGUUUUUUUGUGGUGUCUGAUGUUGGCAUUUGGGAAAAGCCAGCCUUUGAGGGAGCACUGCCCUGUGGAAUGACCUUCGCCUCGAGGUGGCGGAGGCAUCCGGUGACAGGUGGUCUCUCACCCCUCUUGGAGAAACCUGACAUUUACAAUGGGUUGUAUUUGUUGGGCAAAAAGGCGGAUUCAUUCAUAGAGCAGAAAGAACCUGUUGGCAUAAGGUCUUCCACUACUGAGAUGGUUUGUUUUGGGGAAAAUGUUUAUAUUUUGUAAUUUCUAGAAAGCCAGAAAAUGGGCUCUGAUUUCAUAGCCAGCAUUUUGAUAAAAUGCCACAAAACAAGGGCUCCAGAGAGAUUUUUACAAGUCAGGUUUUUGUUCCCCAAAAUCUUUAAGAUGAAGCCAGUGGUUCCCAGUUCUCCACACAUGGCCCCCAGUCGAGAUGGAACAACCCUGGAAAAGCUUGCAAGCAGUAUGGCCCUCUGCGAAGCCUCUCCGAAUGAAGGCAUUUCUCCUACAGACAUAGUACGGCAGGAAGUCAAAUGCAGAUGUGCAAUUUUUUUUUUUUAAGAAGCUUUUAACCAGUGUGAGAAGGUUGGUGUCGAGAACCUCAGUUGCCUUAUUCUGAGACUUCUUAAGGCUGAGUUUGCACUCUUGGACUUUAGUUUUGCUCACCUAGGGUGGGAUUGACUUUAAAAACGUCAGAGGUACCAUUACAAGUCAUGAGGAACAGUCUCAGAUCAGUUUCUUUGGGCAACCGUCAAAGAAGAGCCUGCGGGUGCACGCUGUCAUGGGAGUGUGGUCAAACCCAACCGUUCGCUGGAGUCGCCAGCCAGUCUGGGACGUGUGUGUAACUAACCGUCACUGUUGGAAGAAAAGAAAAGAAAUAACAGCGUGAGCUCGUUGUGUCCGUGAUGUACUCCACAAUGGCCAGUCUGAUUGCUAUCUAUUUUUUUAUCCAGAGGCUUAAUUAAAUGAUGUGACGAAAUGAUGUAUGAGAAUUAAGUCAAAGAAAUUCUUUCUGGGUGGAAAGAUGUACCAGAUUAGAUAUAUCUGUUUAAAGAAAAAAGACAAAAAGUUAUCACCAUAACCCCCUUUCCCAUCUUGCACUGUUUGUUUCGGAUCGGGCUUGGGGGAAGAGAUGUUUUUCUUAACUGUCUACUUUUUUUGAACACUUUUUUUGUGAUUCAAGUGCUGUUUUGUGUGUUGGGACCAAACAGUUGUCAAUAAACUUUACAAAGCAAGCAUCUAA